CACCACCACCACGUCCGACUCGCAGCCCGACCCCUUGACGCCGUCGCGGGGCGAAUCGCAGCGCCACACGCAGCAUGUCCUCACCCUCUGCCCUUCCCCUGGACACACACGCACCUCCUCCAGGCCCUCUCCUCUCGCUAGCCUCCUCCCUCUCGACGCUGCUCGUCUCCCUCUUCUCCCUCCUCACCACGCUCCUCUCCUUCCUAACCGUCACCCUCCCUUCACUCUGCUUCAGCGUACUCCACUACUCGCUCACUCUUCAGCUCAACUUCCCUUCCCUACUCGUGCUCUUCCUCUUGGCCCUGGCUGCGGGCUUGGUCUGGCUGAGAUAUCGACAUCGCAGCUAUGAGAGGUUGAAGGAACAGCCGUUGAAGGGGGACGAGGGGUUUCAUUUGCACCCGGAUUUGGGAAUGGGAGCGGGAGAGGGGGGAGAGAAGAUGGGCCCCUUCCACACGUACCUCGACGACUUUCUGCAGGCGAUUCGCAUCUUUGGAUUCCUCGAGAAGCCCGUCUUCCACGAGCUCGCCCGACACCUCCAGACACGCCGUCUCCUCGCAGGCGACUCCCUCUCCCUCUCCCUCUCCAGCGAUGACGCUUCCUCCUUCUACAUCGUCAUCGACGGGCGCGUUCAGGUCUUCGCUCCCCUCGACAACGCCGGCGGUGAACAAGGCGAGGGGGCGUUGGAUGACGAGGAUCACCCCGGCUUGCAGUUGCUCAAUGAGGUGGAGAGUGGCGGGACGCUCAGUAGCUUGUUUACCAUUCUGAGUCUCUUCACCGAGGAUGUACAGCUGGGAAGUGGAGUGGCAGAGAAUAGCCCACCUUACGUCGGUGGUGUGCAGCCUCCUCCGCCGCCGCCGCCGCCUCUUGGGCAGCAUGACGUGUGGAACGGGUUGAGGAGGAGAGCCAGCGCCAUGCCGCCUGGUGGGGGACAGUUGCAGCUCUCCGCAGCCACGCUUCGUCAUGUACCGGGGGCUGCAUCGGGUUUCGAGGCCGUACACACGCCCUUUGACGCAGCCAACUCCUCACUCGAUGCGGCCGCAGACGACGUAGCCUUCAGCUCUCCCGCGAGCAGGCCGCGAGACUCGAGUCCUAUUCCUCCCAACUUCCUACCCCCUCCGCAGACGACGGCACACAACCUCGGCUCACCCACCCGCCUGCGCACGCAAAGACGCACGUCUGACACGCUGGGCCGCAGCGACACGCUAGGCCGCAACGACACGCUAGGUCGCACCGACUCUUCCCCCGCCGCACCCGGCCACGCGCGAUCCGACUCGAUCUCGUCCACCAUGCCCCGCGCCGGCAAGCCCCUCGUCCCCACAACCUACCCGACCGGCACCAUCGGCCGAGCUACCGUAGACACGACCCUCGCCGUCAUACCCGCGGAAGCCUUCAAGCGCCUCACCAAGCGCUACCCCUCCUCUGCGGCGCACAUCGUCCAGGUCAUCCUCACGCGACUCAGCCGAGUGACCUUUCGCACGGCGCAUCAGUACUUGGGCUUGACAAAGGAGAUCAUGCGCACCGAAAAGAGGGUCAACGAGGUUGCGAGCUUCCCGUUGCGCGAGGGGUUCUAUGAGCAGGGAGGGAUGGAGAGAUUGAGGCGCCGCUUCAGGCCAGAACCAGAGCCUCGCAGAGGGACCGAGGAGGAAGGGUACUUUCGUGAUCGCGCAGAAGGAGUGCCCACCGUAACGUCUCGAUCUCGUCCUCCCACGACACCAUGGGGCCACCCAGACCCGCCGCUUCGCACGCCAAACGCACGCAGCCACGUUGGACCGGGCGACCUGCUCAGCAUGACGGGCACCAACGACCUCACGCGCAACGGGAGCCCGCAGCUCAUCAGCCCAAAGCGCACGUCUUCGCGCUCAGAGCCGGACGCCGAGGCGGCCCACGAUCGCGACCGGGAUGGGGGCAUCGGCACUCUCAAGGACGAAAUCCUCGAAUGCAUCUCCAAAGCCAUUGGUCUUUCCGCGCUUCCCCCCUCAUCCCCCACGCUAGGCGCCGGCAGUGAGGCUUCCCCCUUUCUCCACCCGCAAGACUCCGGACGACGCACGGUCCCCGCCUUCAAUUCGGCCUUUGGUAGCCUGAGCAUGCUGGACGGCCUAUCCAUGUUCGACGACGAGGCCAGCUCCCUCACGGGGGGCAGCGUGGCGGGGGCAGGCGCUCAUCAUGCCGAGCUGGAGAACGAGGUGCAGGUGCGCUUUUUCCCCGCGGGCAGCACACUCGUCAAGGCGGGAGACUCGCAGGCCGGCCUCUUCUACGUCGUUGACGGGUUCCUCGAUGUAGUUGUCCCGCCGCAGCAGCAGCAGCAGAUGGGCAACGCAGCAGGAAAGGCCGGCGCAGCAAAGGAGUCAGCAGCGUCGGCGGCGUCUUCCCCGCUGAAGCGCAGGGCAGAACCGCAGCAGCAGAGGGGCGGGGCGAGAAAGACGUCUAGGAUGACCGAGCAGACGAUGGGUAGAGGGGCAGGCGCAGGCGCGAGCACCACUACAGCUAGUGCGCCGGGGAGCGCCAUUCGCUCCGACUCGACACGGCCGCGCCCCAAUCCGUACGCCAAUGCGUCGCCGUCCGCGCCCACCGCGCCCACCGCGUCCACCGCGCCCAAACCCAUCUUCACCGUCCGUCGAGGCGGCGUGGCAGGCUACCUGAGCAGUCUCCUCGGCUCCCCCUCUUACGUCGACAUACUUGCCAAGACGGACGUGUACGUGGGAUAUCUACCGGCAAAGGCUCUGGAGCGCAUCAUGGAGAGUCGACCUGCCACGCUUCUCACGCUGAGCAAGCGCUUGUUGACGCUGUUGAGCCCGCUGAUAUUGCACAUCGACUCGGCCUUGGAUUGGAUGCAGGUCAACGCGGGACACGUCAUCUUUCGCGAGGGGGACGAGGCGGAUAGCUUCUACAUCGUCAUCAACGGCCGUCUGCGCGCCAUAGCCGACUCGGACGGGACGGUAGGCGUUCUCGCCGAGUAUGGGCAAGGCGACUCUGUCGGCGAGCUAGACGUCAUCACCUCGAGUCCGCGACAGAAGACUCUCCACGCCAUUCGCGACUCAGAGCUGGUGCGCAUGCCCAUGACCCUCUUCAACGCAGUGGCCGUGCGUCACCCGCAGGUCGCGGUGCAGAUCUCCCGCAUCAUCGGACGCCGCGUCAGGCAGGAGGUGGAGAAUCGUCAGGCCGCAGCUAAUACGCUUCGUACACAGAUCCCCGGCUUGCCCGAUUUGGGACGCAAUAAUGCCAACUUGAAGACCGUCGCCAUCCUGCCGGUCACGCGCGAUGUGCCCAUCGUAGACUUUGCCAACAAGCUCCAGGCAGCCUUCGAGGAUACGCUCGGGGCGCCGACUGCUUUCCUCAAUCAGAGUAGCGUGAUGAGCGUCCUCGGGCGCCACGCAUUCAACCGCAUGGGCAAGCUCAAGCUAGCCGGCUGGCUCUCCGAACAGGAACAGCGCUAUCGCCUCGUCCUCUACGUGGUGGACACGGUCGUCUCCUCUCCGUGGGCGCAGACCAGCAUCCGGCAGGCAGAUAGCGUCCUCCUCGUAGGCUUCGGCGAUGACCCCGCUGUAGGAGAGUACGAGCGCCUCCUCCUCAGCAUCAAGACUACAGCGCGCAAGGAGCUGGUGCUGCUCCACCCUGAACGCAGCGUGCCACCUGGAUCGACGCGCGAGUGGCUCAAGAGUCGGCCGUGGAUUAAUGCGCAUCACCAUGUUGAGAUGCCCGGGAUCACCCUUAGCCAUGCUGCGCCGAUGACUACCGACCCAGGAGCGGUGCAGGCUUUGCGGCAUUUGAAGGAGAAGUUGGAGACGAGCUUGCAGAGGUACCGUGUCAAGGGAGGGUCUACCACCGCAGCCAACGGUCGUCGUCACCACUUUAGCGACUUUGCCCGCCUGGCUAGGCGACUGUGUGGCAAGAGUAUCGGCCUCGUGCUGGGCGGUGGUGGGGCGAGGGGUUGUGCGCAUGUAGGCGUCGUGCAGGCGCUCGAGGAGCGGGGCAUUCCCAUCGACAUGAUCGGCGGCACGAGCAUCGGGUCUUUGAUCGGCGGCCUCUACGCCAAAGAGGGCGAGGUCGUCUCAUCGUACGGCCGAGCAAAGAAGUUCAGCGGCAGAAUGGGCAGCUUGUGGCGCUUCGCCUCCGACCUCACCUACCCCGUGGUGUCAUACACGACGGGUCACGAGUUCAAUCGCGGAAUCUUCAAGGCGCUCGCUGACACGCACAUCGAGGAUAUGUGGCUCCCCUUCUUCUGCAACACGACGAACAUCACCUGGUCCCGCAUGGAGGUCCACACAACCGGGUACGCCUGGCGCUACAUCCGCGGCAGCAUGACUCUCGCCGGUCUAAUCCCGCCGCUCGUGGACGAGGGCAACAUGCUCGUAGACGGCGGCUACGUCGACAAUCUGCCCGUCUCCGUUAUGCUGGCCAUGGGCGCGCGCUCCGUCUUUGCCGUAGACGUGGGGAGCAUCGACGAUACGAGUCCGAGAAGCUACGGCGACACGCUGAGCGGAUGGUGGGUGCUCCUCAACAAGUGGAAUCCAUGGAGCGAUGCGCGGAACAUCCCUUCUAUUCCCGAUAUCCAAGGGCGACUGACCUACGUUUCCUCUGUCAAGACCCUCGAGGAGGCCAAACGCCUCAAGAACGUCUGGUACAUGCGUAUGCCCGUCGAAGGGUUCGGCACCCUCGAAUUUGGCGCCUUCAAUGACAUCUCGCGCAUCGGGUACGACGCUGGUUCCAAGAUGCUCGACGACUGGGCCGCAGAGGGCAAGCUCCCCGCGGGCAGCGGGGUAGCGGGCGGUGCGUGGGACGAUGGUGAGGGUGGGGGAGUACCUGGCGUCGGACGUGAUCGAGCGGGUAAGAGGGGAGGGAUGAGCGCGCGCAGGAAUAGCGUGUAGCCGGGCGUGCUCGCAAAAUCCUUAUCUCGGCGCCUUGUGAUGUGAUUCUGCAUCUCCUUCUAAUCUAGUCGAGCCGCCUGGCUACCUGUGAGGCCGGCCUUCGCGUGGCGCGUGGUAGACUCGGCGGCGCUGCGCUCGCUCCCUCCCCCCUCGGCAGAUGCCGGGAAUACCGUAGACGCGGCGGGCGUGUCGUACGAUCGAAUGACCGACUUUG